UAGUUGACUGAACUAUUCUUACGAUGCUGAACAUUAUGGGGAUGUCAGCACCCUUGGCAGUAAAGUCACGGAUUUCAAGCGAAGAACAUGUUGUUUAUGUCUUUUUAAUUUGCACGUUCAAUUAGCCGACAGAUCUUUACUGCUUCAAGAACAACUGUAAGUAGUUGUGCUGUUUCUCCUCCUCCCCUCCACUCACUCCCCGAGGAGACGAUUCACCUCGUCCUACGCACUUUCUCCAUAUCUUCAUAUCUUUCGCUGUUCUUCCCUGAAACAAUACUCGUAUCUCCUAGCAGACAAGAGCCAGUCGUCGUCUAAACUGUUUCAGUGCAAGAAGGACAUCACCCCAGUUUUUUCAUGUCACCGCUGGACCGAAGUUUACAGAAAUGGGAAUACAUUAUGGGCGCUGGUGGGAACGCAUCUUGAUUUUGGCCACUGUGUUGACGUCACCUGCAUUCACCUUGCGGGCCUGAGUAAGAGGCAGAUGCGUCUGUGCGUGCGCAGCCCCGAUGUGACGGCCUCCGCUUUGCAGGGCAUCCAGGUGGCGCUACACGAGUGUCAGCACCAACUGCGGGACCACCGCUGGAACUGCUCCUCGCUGGAGAGCCAUGGCAAACUGCCCCUGCAGAGCCCUAUCCUCAGCCGCGGGUUCCGGGAAAGCGCGUUCUCUCUGGCACUGAUGGCAGCGGGUGUGGCCCACUCAGUGACGUCAGCUUGCAGUCUGGGAAAGUUGAGGGGGUGUGGCUGUGAGGCCAAGCGUCGCCUUGACGACAACAGGAUCCUCCUGAAGCUCCGGGAGUUGCAGCACCAGGCCGUGCAGAGGGGUGGCAGGGGGGCCCGCGGGGGGCAGCUACGCCCCUUCCAGCUCCAUUACCAGAAUUUCCACUCUUUUGACUCCCUGCUGGAGGAGGGCCCUUCCUCACAGGACACCUGGGGGUGGAGCGGCUGCAGCCAAAACGCCCACUUCGGCGAACGCUUCUCCCGUGAUUGGCUGGACCCCCGGGAGUCAUCGCGCGACAUUCACGCCCGCAUGAGGAUGCACAACAACCGCGUGGGCCGCCAGGUUGUGGCAGACAACAUAAAGAGGAAGUGUAAGUGUCAUGGCACAUCAGGCAGUUGCCAGUUCAAGACCUGCUGGUAUGCCACGCCCGAGUUCCGGCUAGUGGGCGCCAUGCUGCGAGAGAAGUUCAGUUCCGCCGUCUUCGUCAACUCGCAGAACAAGAACAGCGGCGCCUUCAACCCCCAGCCCAGGGCCGGGGCUAAGAGGCAAGGGCAGGGGCGGGGCCGAGGACCGGGCGGGGCAGGAUUUGGGAGGGGCCGGGGCAGGCGCCCACACCUGUCCCGCGACCUGGUCUACUUUGAGAAGUCGCCGGACUUCUGCGAGCAGGAGGCGAGGGUGGACUCCCCGGGCACGCAGGGCCGGGUCUGUAAUAAGACCAGCCUGCACACAGAGGGCUGCGGCUCGCUCUGCUGCGGCCGAGGCCACAACGUGCUGAGGCAGACCCGCAGCCAGCGCUGCAACUGCCAGUUCCACUGGUGCUGCUACGUCAUGUGCCAGGAGUGCCGCGUCACCGAGUGGGUCAACGUCUGCAAGUGAGCCGUCCACGCACUGCCCGCCAUUUCAGGUGCCCCCACAAACAGGAUACAGCAAAGGGCGUAUCCCUCCCCGCGGUGAUAUACUGUGGGUGUGCGGUGAGCAGGUGACACAGAGGCCAGGACCCAUCCAGAAAUCAAACAACAUAUAUAUCUAACUUUCUUAAAUUGUGUAACUCUGUGAAAAAUGAAAAAUGCAUUGAGUGUAAAGCCGACUUGAUAAAGUAGCUGGAAAGUUGUGGUUUGUUGGAGGGGGUGAAGUAAUAAAAGUGCGUUUGAAAUGCUCUAAAAAUAAUACAAAAACAUAAGCAGAAAUUCUAACCUUACACAACCUUACUGCUAAGUGCAAGGCCCGAGAAGUUGCUAACUAAACAUUCUUCCUGUUUCAAAUAGAAAGCCCACCUGCCUCCACUCCACAGGGGAAAAGCAGAGAAAGAUGUGUGGUGGCAGCUAGUGUCUGAACAGUCUCCACUGUAUGCUGGUUGUUUUUCACUAUCAAAACUACUAUUUCUGAUGCUUUUAGCCAAAUAAGAUCUCUGUUGGCCCCUUAGCAAAAAAAAAAGCAUCUAUUUCUCUGCUCUGAUUUUACCUCAUAUACACAGCUCAGGCCCCACCACCUGAGUCUCUGUCUGCUUCAUCUAUUAUCUAUUUGUAUGUAUUUCCUGUCUUGAGAUUAAUAUUCCCUCCCCUGGUGAUGUUGUUCUCAAAAUGCCAAGGAUCUGUUUGAAUCCCUGGGCCUUCUGAACUGUGACAGGCCUUACCUCCUUCAUGUCUAAAACAGACAACAGGAGCACACAGACCUGUAAAAAACAAAACAGU